AUGUCAACCAUCAACCCGUUCGCGAGACUGGAGGAUUCGCCAAGCUCCCUUUAUGGCGAUCCAGAGACCGCGAUCACAACAUAUGAGCCAGCAUACCCAGUCCUCUCGUCUCAGUUCCACCACGACUACUAUGGUCCUACGAUCGCAGAGACCCUUGGCUACACUCGAGACGCUUAUGGCAACGGCGACGUCGAGGGCCAAGCGCAGCGGACUGACACCGAAGUUGCGCUUCCUUUGGGGAGCGUGAAGGGACAGCAUACCGCGGCGCGUGUGUUGCCGCCUCACGGUGGGUUGCUCGAGCCAUCGAAAGUAGAGCGCAGGUUGAUGCUAACAGUAUUGCUAGUCCGAGCGAGUGUUCGAAGUCACCAAGACUCACGUCGCCGCACUCGACAUCCGUCAGCACGCAACAGACCUACCAACUUUCCGUCGGUGCUGGAUCAGAGCGUGCCUUCGAUUACGCAGCAUGACGCGCAUGUCGCGGAUAUCUUGCCUGGCAGAACUUCGUUGCCACGUUCCGCAAGCAGUCUGGACUCGCGUAGUUUGGCCAUUGGGCACACCACUAGCUCCCAUACACCGGGCAUCAGGACCUCUGACGCAGCUCAAGACACUGGGGAUGGGGGUACUUCUCUUGGUCAAGCAGUCGAUAUACUCCCGAAGCCGAUCAGCAAGCAGGAAACAGUACCACCUGUACCGUCCAACGACAACGAAGAGGACAAUGAACCCGAUCAUGAUUCAAGAGCCAGGCCCGGAAGGAAGCGCACGGCGCGAGGCAGCGAAGAAGCCCCGACGCCAAAGCGUGCCAAGGCAUCGAACGUGGUGGCCAGAACCACGACAGCGCCUCCUCUUCACGCCGUUCAGGCUCUUGUUCUUCAGCCGAGCAGUAGUACAGCACCACCUGGCAUCGAGGCUGAGAAGCUAUUGCAAGGUAGCAAUGGCCGAGCUGAGACGUCCGCUGACGGCUGCGGCGAGCUCAAUCGCGAUCGCAUUCCACUCGACACUCAGAUGCCGCUGGGUACCGUGAUCACAGUGGCAGAGCUCGCAUGGUUCCAUCCGCACUGCUUCCAGUUUCCAGAGGUCGCGAAGCGCAUGAUACGAAACAAAGUGGCCAGCCUGGAGAUCGCUCGCAUGCAGCUGGAGGCAGCUGGCGAAGAGACAAGCGACAAGAACCUCAAAACCUUGAACGACCGCCUGAAGUACCAAUACACAAAAGGCGGCCAGCUGGCAUAUCCACACAAGUAUGCCGCGAACAAUAACAAGUUCGACAAGAAAUUUGUCGAAGCCGAAGGUCCUCGCGCAGAUCUGACAGCAGACCAGUGGCGCUUCAGAAGCGACUACUCUAGCCAGCGAAAAAUAAAAGAAGUGUUCGGCCACGUCAAGCUGGAAGUAAUCUACGAACCAGUAUCAGCCGCUAGUAGGCCCACCGGAAAGGGACGCGGCAAGCUUACGCAGUAUCUGGAGUUUGCCGAGCAGUACGACGCUGCCCAUCCGAAUGCUAAGCUAGACACAUCACACUGGGACUGGGUUGCGAGCAAAGUCAACGCGCAGGACCCGCAGCUGUCAACAGGUUUUGCUACGCUGGACCAUGAGGUGAUGGCCGGCCUGCGCGCAGCAUGGAAGGCCUAG